AUGGCAUCUCCUUACGAAGAUAUCUCUGGGCGCGUUUAUAUCGGAACAAUUGUCACGAUAGUCCCUGCUACUAUCGUAGUGUUCCUUCGAUAUUUUGCUCGCCACAUCGCUCGAGCUGGGUUUUGGUGGGAUGAUUACACCAUUGCAGCGGCGUUGAGCUUCUUAGCAUCUCAAAUUGUCUAUUUCAUCAACGCAGCUUUUACCAAGUCAUCCCUUCUUCUUCUCUACUACCGUAUUUUCGGUGUAGUAAAAGGAUUUCGAUGGGCUCUCUGGAUCGUUGGCAGUCUUGUGUUAUCCUAUUUUGUCGUGUGUGUGAUUGUUUCGAUCACAGAGUGCUCUCCCAUAGCCAAAUUUUGGGACCCAACUCUUCCAGGAACAUGCAUUAAUGAGAUUGCCUUUUUUCGCUGGAAUGGUGCUGGCAACAUGAUCCUGGACGUCGUGGUUCUUUGUCUUCCCUAUCCUAUGGCAUGGCGAUUACAAGUAACUCUACGACAGAAGUUGAUUCUUACGGGAAUAUUUCUUCUCGGAGGCUUGUGA